AUGAAGCCAUCAUCAUCAUCAUCAACUCUCAGGAAAAUUAAAAUCUUAUUAGUUUCCUACAUGGAGCAGAAUGAGCAAAAGCUUCGAAAGGCUGUGUCGGACGUGUCGAGUGAGAUUGAGAAAUACUAUAGCGAGUUGAAGUUGGAGAGGAUUGAAGAGGUGGAACAAGCUGAAUGCCAGUGUUGUGGGUUGAAGGAGGAUUGCACUUCGGUUUAUAUCACAGAGGUUGAAGAAUGUUACUGUGGGAAAUGGGUUUGUGGGCUUUGUUCUGAAGCUGUUAAAGAAAAAGUAGGGCGAAAUCCUUCUACAGUAGCCAUGCAAGAAGCUUUGAACUCACACAGGGAUUUCUGCCAGGAAUAUAACGCUACCAGACUUAACCCUCAACUCUCGUUAACUCUUUCUAUGAGGGAAAUAGCCAAAAGAAGUUUUCAGAAUAGGAAAUCCAAGGGUUUAUCCAGGCUUAGUCGCACCACUAGUUAUCCCUGA